AUGGCGUUAGCUUUGUGGUCCUGUCUUGCGUUGGCUCUGCUACCUAAUUUGGCAGCCUCCAGCUUUCCAAGAAGUCCCUUCCGGCUACUUGGGAAACGGAGCCUCCCGGAAGGGGUGGUUGAUGACAUUGAGAUCUACAGUACUACGAUCAGUUGCAAGGUGACCUCUCGCUUUGCUCACAAUGUUGUCACCACAAGGGCUGUGAACCGUGCAGAUAAAGCCAAAGAAGUUUCCUUUGAUGUGGAGCUGCCCAAGACAGCCUUUAUUACCAAUUUCACCUUGACCAUUGAUGGUGUCACCUACCCUGGGAAUGUCAAGGAGAAGGAAGCAGCCAAGAAGCAGUAUGAAAAGGCUGUGUCCCAGGGAAAGACCGCUGGUUUGGUGAAGGCCUCGGGGCGGAAGCUGGAGAAAUUCACGGUCUCCGUUAAUGUGGCAGCGGGCAGCAAAGUCACCUUUGAGCUAACCUAUGAGGAGCUGCUGAAGAGGCGCAAGGGCAAGUACGAGAUGUUCCUCCAGAUCCAGCCCAAGCAACUAGUCAAGCACUUUGAGAUUGAUGCACACAUCUUUGAACCUCAGGGUAUUAGCACGCUGGAUGCCACGGCCUCGUUCAUCACCAAUGACCUCCUGGGCAGUGCCCUCACCAAGUCUUUCUCAGGGAAAAAGGGCCAUGUAUCCUUCAAACCCAGCUUAGACCAACAACGCUCAUGCCCAUCUUGUACAGAUUCCCUUCUCGAUGGAGAUUUCACCAUCACCUAUGAUGUGAACAGAGAGUCUCCAGCCAAUGUGCAGGUGGUCAAUGGCUACUUUGUGCACUUCUUUGCACCUGAAGGCCUUCCAGUGGUGCCAAAGAAUGUGAUCUUUGUGAUUGAUGUCAGUGGCUCCAUGCAUGGUCGAAAAUUAACACAGACCAAGGAUGCCCUUCUCAAAAUCUUAGAGGAUAUGAGAGAGGAAGACUUCUUGAAUUUCAUCCUGUUCAGUGGAGAUGUGACCACUUGGAAAGACCACUUGAUCCAAGCCACUCCAGAGAACCUGAAGGAGGCCAAGACAUUUGUGAAGAACAUUCGUGACCAGGGAAUGACCAACAUCAAUGAUGGACUGCUGAGAGGUAUCAGUAUGCUGAACACAGCCCAGGAAGAACACCUUGUCCCUGAGCGGAGUACCUCCAUUCUCAUCAUGUUGACUGAUGGUGAUGCUAAUGUCGGAGAGAGCAGACCUGAAAAGAUCCAGGAGAAUGUACGGAACGCUAUUGGAGGCAAAUUCCCCUUGUAUAACCUGGGCUUUGGCAACAACUUGAACUAUAAUUUCCUGGAGAGUAUGGCCCUGGAGAACCGUGGACUUGCUCGGCGUAUUUAUGAAGACUCUGAUGCCCACUUGCAGUUGCAGGGCUUCUAUGAUGAGGUGGCUAACCCGCUGCUGACAGGCGUGGAGGUGGAAUAUCCUGAGAAUGCCAUACUGGACCUCACCCAGAACAGUUACCAUCACUUCUAUGAUGGCUCUGAAAUCGUGGUAGCUGGACGUCUGGUGGAUGAGAAUAUUAACAGCUUUAAGGCAGAUGUGAAGGGCCAUGGGGCUAUCAAUGACCUGACCUUCACAGAGGAGGUGGAUAUGAAGGAGACAGAGGAGGCCUUGAAGGAACAAGACUACAUUUUUGGGAACUACAUCGAAAGGCUCUGGGCCUAUCUCACCAUUGAGCAGCUACUGGAGAAAAGCAAGAAGGCCCAUGGUGAUGAGAAGGAGAACCUCACAGCUCAGGCCCUGGAACUGUCUCUCAAGUACCACUUUGUGACUCCACUGACAUCGAUGGUGGUGACCAAGCCUGAGGACAAUGAGGACCAGACAGCCAUUGCAGACAAGCCUGGGGAAGACACUUCAGUGACCUCCUCCAAGGCCUACCUGACCAGCUACCAGCCUCCUCAAAACACAUACCACUAUGUGGAUGGCGAUCCCCACUUCAUCAUCCAAGUUCCAGAGAAAGGGGAUGCCAUCUGCUUCAACAUUGACGAAGAUCCAGGCACAGUGUUGCGCAUCAUUCAGGACCCAGUAACAGGUCUCACAGUUAAUGGGCAGAUCAUCGGAGACAAGGGAAGCAGCACUGAUUCCAAGACCAGGAAGACUUACUUUGGGAAACUGGGCAUUACCAAUACUCAGAUGGACUUCCGGAUGGAGGUGACCACAGAGAAGAUUACUCUGUGGAAUGGGGUGGCAGCAAGUAUUUUCAGCUGGCUGGACACAGUCAUGGUCACACAGGAUGGCCAAUACCUUCUCUUUUCUUCUAGGCUGUCUGUAUCAAUCAACAGGAAGAAGGACAUGGUAGUCUCCUUUGGAGAUGGAGUUACCUUUGUAGUCAUCCUACACCAAGUAUGGAAGAAACAUCCAGCUCACCAAGACUUUCUAGGAUUCUACAUGGUGGACAGUCACCGGAUGUCAGCACAGACGCAUGGACUACUGGGGCAAUUCUUUCACCCCCUUGACUUUGAAGUGUCUGACAUCCGCCCAGGCUCUGACCCUACGAAGCCAGAUGCCACAAUGUUGGUGAAGAACCAUAGGCUGACAGUCACAAGGGGUUCCCAGAAAGACUACAGAAUGGAUGCCAGUGUUGGUACCAAGGUUAUGUGCUGGUUUGUCCACAACAAUGGGGAAGGAUUGAUUGAUGGUGUCCACACUGACUAUAUUGUCCCCAGUCUGUUCUAA